AUGGAGACCCAGAGGGCCAGCCUUGCCCAGGGGCGGUGGUCACUGUGGCUACUGCUGCUGGGACUAGUGGUGCCCUCGGCCAGCGCCCAGACCCUCAGCUACAGGGAGGCCGUGCUUCGUGCUGUGGAUCGUCUCAAUGAGCGGUCCCCAGAAGCUAAUCUCUACCGCCUCCUGGAGCUGGACCUGCCUCCCAAUGUAGACGACGAGGACCCGGACACCCCGAAACCUGUGAGCUUCACGGUGAAGGAGACCGUGUGUCCUAGGACGACCCAGCUGCCCCUGGAGCAGUGUGACUUCAAGGAGAAAGGGCUGGUGAAGCAGUGUGUGGGGACAGUCACCCUGGAUCAGGUUAAGGGCCAAAUGAACAUCACCUGUGAUGAGCUGCAGAGUGUUGGGUUCUUUAGUCGGCUGCGUAACAGGUUGAGAAGAACUUGGCGGAGAUUUGGCCCGUUCCUUGGCCCACUACUUGGCCGUUUUGGGUAA